AUGUUUUUUAACGAUGGGGAUAAAAAUAACAUGUUUAAUAAAAACAAUAACAUGAAUAAUAAUAGCGGAACAAAUAUAAACACAAACGCAAAUACAAAUAAUAAUAUGUGGAACCUUCAAAAUAAUAAUUUAGGUAAUAAUACAUUUUUUGGAAAUAAUAAUAUGACAAAUCAAAAUGACCUUAAUAAGAAUAAUAGUCUUUUUGGUAAUAGCCCAAAUAAUAUGAUGAAAACAACUGGUUUUUUUAACAAUAAUACUAUUGGUAAUCAUCCAAACGAUAUAAAUAAAACAGGUAAUCUUUUUGGUAACAAUACUGGUUUAAACAGUUCAACAGAUAUAAUGAAAAAUAAUAGUUUUUUUGGAAGCAGUAUCAAUACACAAAAUGAUUUGAAUAAAAAUAAUAUGAACAAUAAUAAUAAUAAUAAUAAUAAUAGUAAUUCUUUUUUUGGAAGUGCAUUUGGUAAAACUAAUGAAUUAAAUAAAGGUAGUAAUCCUUUUUUUGGGAAUACUACAACUGUUAAUAAUGAUUUAACUAAAAGUACAGGAUUAUUUGGUACCACUACUAAUAGUACUACUAUUGGUGGUAUUAAUAAUAAUGCUACAUCAAAUGCUUUUAAUCCAAAUUUAUUCAGUGCUGCCAAAAAAGAAGUUUUUCCUGGGUUUUCUACGGGUAUUAUUGGGAAUAAUACUAGCAAUAAUUCCAAUAUUUUUAAAAAAAGUACCUUGGGAAGUUCUAUAGCAUUAGGUAGUCAAUUAAAUGAAGGUAGAGCAACUGAAUCUGGUUUAUUUUCAAAAGAACAAUUAGAAGCAGCCAAACAAAUUUUUGCUAACUCAUCAAGUUCUUUAUCAAGUUUUAAUAAUAAAAUGGGUACUGGUACAACAUCAAAUACAGCAAUCAAUACGAAUACAACAACAAAUACUACUACUACAAAUAAUAAUAAUAAUAAUAAUAAAUUAACAUUUAGUGGUGGUUUUUCAUCAAGUUCUAGUACCUUUGCUAAAAGUAAUGUAAACCCCUUUCAGACUAUGGCUUUACAAGCUACUACCCAAAAUGAUAAAUCUUCUUCAUUUCUAAAAAGUAAUAAUAAUAAUAAUAAUGUAUUUCAUUCAUCAAGUGAUCCAAAUAAAUUAAACACAACACCAUCACCAUUUGGUUUAUCAUCUAUUGGAAAUCUAAAUACAAACAAUAAAUUAAAUAGCUUUCCAGACUUUAGUCAAGCUAAUAAAACAUUUCUACAAAAUGAUAGCUUAUUUUCCCAGAAAAAUAAUAAUAGCAUUUUUGGUAAUACAGCUAAUAAUACGGCAACAUCAACUGGUGUUGCAAAACCAUUAGUUACCAAUUUUAAUUCUCCAUUUAGUGCUUUUGGUAAAACAAAUACCAGUGAUAUAUUUAAAACUAAUACUACUGCAUCAACUACAAAUGCAACUGCAACUGCAACUCCUGCUCCCUUUGGAUCAGCAUUUGGAGCGCAAAAGAAUAAUGAUAGCUUGUUUGGAAAUAAUGCAUUCAAGCUUUCGACAGAAGUAAAGUCAAACGAAAGCCCAUUCCUAUUUAACAACAACAACAAUAAUAAUAAUAAUAAUAAUAAUAAUGCUACAACAAGUACUAGUACAUUUAAUAAUGCCUUUUCCUUAUUUGGAAAUAAAACAGAAACUAAAAAUAAUUUCCUUACCCCUACUACUACCACAAAUAAUAAUAAUAAUAAUAAUAAUAACAAUGUAGUCACCAAUUUGUUAGAAACCAAAGUAACGACAACAGAAACGACUCCCACUGUUCCCACUUUAAACGUUUUAGAUAAAGGAGCCACAACAAAUGAAUCUGUAUCUCCAUCUAAAUUGGAACAGACAGUUAAUGUAGUUCAAAACCAAAAGGAGAAAACUACACAAAUGGAGAAUGAUAAGGAAAAGGAGAAAGAAAAGGAAAAAGAAAAGGAAAAGGAAAAAGAAAAGGAAAAAGAAAAGGAAAAAGAAAAGGAAAAGGAAAUCGAAAAAAACAAUGAAAUCGAAAAAGACAAAGAAAAAGAAAAAUUAGAUGAUAAUAAAACCACACCAACGCUAAAUGAGAAAGAAAGUACCACACAAACAAAGGAUGAAAGUGUUUCCAAAGACGAAAAAUUAAUAGAUAUUAAAACUCAAAAUGAAAAAACAGAAAAACCGAAAGAUAACAUCUUUGGAAGUACGUCACUUUUUGGAUCAUCUAUUUUUAAAGCAAGUCCAUCCAAAGACAAUGUUACAUCAAACACAAAGGAUAAAAAUGAAAGCACACCAACAGCUAAUAUGAAUACUACUACUACUACUAGUAAUAAUAAUAAUAGUAGUAGUAUUUUUAGUUUUUCUGCUGCUAAUAAUAAAAGCUCCCUAUUUUCCAAAGAUAAUAAUAAUAAUAGUAAUACAUUCUCCUUUAAUUUGAAACCACCAUCCAAUGAUAAAAAUGUUACCACUCCUGCCUUCACUUUUCAAAGUAAUAAUAACACGGACAUAAAUAAAGCUACUGCAAAAGAAAAUGAUGAUGAAAAGAAAAAAUUAUUAAAUGAUGAUAAAACAAAAGAAGCAAAUAAUCUAUCGAAAGCACCCAUGUUCAAUUUUGAUUUUUCUAAAGGACUCUUAAAUAAUAAUGAGAAGGAAAAAACCUUGCAGGAUGGUAAAGAUAACAACAAAUUAUUUGCAGAAGUAAAAGAAGGUGAACAUAAAGAAAACAAAACUGAAGACGAUAAAAAUAUUGUUAACAAAAGUGAUGAAGAUAAAAAUAAUGAUGACAAAAAGAAAUUUUGGAGAUUUCCAUUUGGUAAAAAAAAAGAAACAAAAGAUGCAAACGAAGAAGGAAUUGAUAACAAAAAUGAUAAUGUUUUUUCAAGCGAUACAAAUUUAUUUAAAAAUAACACUAUUGGAAGUAAUGCAGGAAACGAACAAAAAGGUUUGUUUCAAUCCGUAGAUAAUCAAUUACAAGAAAAUAAAAAUAAGAAUGAAGAAAACAAAACUAAGACAGUUAGCUUUUCUCCUACUUCAGUAUUUAAUAAACCAUUUGAUUUAAAUUUUGAAAAAAAUAAAGAAGAAAAUAAAUCAAAUAUUUUUAAUAUAUCAUCUAAUAACAAAACAACAAGUCCCCUUUUUGGUAAGGAAUCUAAUGAAAAAACAAAUAAUUUAAAAAUGAAUUCUAAUGAUGAUGAUGUAAAUAAUGUAAGUGAUAUGAUUAAUUUUAUAUCCUUAGAAAAUAGGAAAAAAAAUGUAUUUAUUGGAAAUGCGCAAGAGUAUGAAGAAAAUAAUAAAAAUAAAUCAAAUUUAUUUUUACAAGGAAAUUUUUUCAAUUCUAAAAAUAUAUCCCCAACUUAUAAUCAACAAUUAAAUAAAGAUCAAGAUAAAAUGACAAAGAAUCAACAGCAACACAUUAGUGAACAUACAAAACAAAAUGAUGAAUCCGUUAUAUAUAAUUUUAAUUUAAAAGAAACAAAAGGAACAUUAAGAAAUAAUGAAAAUACAAAAGAUAUGAAUUUCAAUGAUAUUCAAUUUGUAAAGGAUUUAAAUGAAGAAAAAUAUGAAUAUAUGGAAGACGAAUUAUUAGCUAAUGAAAGAAAAAUUGUCGAAAAUAAUAUUAAAGAAAAUGAAACUUUAUUUAAAAAAGAAUUAGAUCAAGAAAUGAUAUUAGAUAUUAUUGAUAAUUUAUCUUCCUUUGUUAAAAAUAAAAUUAAUUUUAUGAAUUAUUGUUCAAAUGAAAUUAUUGAUAUAUAUAAUAAAGUUGCACAUUAUGAAAAAAUGUAUAAUUUAAUAUCAGAUGAUCAAAUAAAAAUUGAAAAAAAACAAGAAGCUUUAGAAAAAAAACUUAGACUUAUACAAAGUGAACAAACUGAUAUACUCACUUUACUUAACGAAAUGGAUAAUGAAACAUCAGUUAGUUUUCUUAAAAUAUUUCAUGAUAAAAAUACAGAUAAAGAAGAUAUUAUACAUAAUAAAAAUCUUCAUCUAGAUAUUGAACAUUUUGAAAAAUUAUCAGAUAGAAUGUCUAAUUUAGAAGAAAUUAUUGACUCAUUACAAAAUGCUCAUAAGGAUGAUAUCUUAAGUGAAUUUGCUAAUAAAAGUUAUAUCAAUGAAUUAAACUGUGAUAAUAUACAAAAACAAUUAAAUACUCUUUCAACUGAACUUAAACAUUUUAAAGGUUAA